AUGACAUCAUCAACAUCAACAACAACACAUAUAGGUGGAUCAUUGGAUGACCUCUAUGAUGAAUCAAAGUUAACAGACAAUAUCAAAACAAUAGAGGAGAAAUGGAAGCUGGUACCAGCAUUCCUGAGGUGCAGAGGGCUGGUCAAACAACAUAUAGAUUCAUUCAACUACUUUAUCAACGUAGAGAUCAAGAAGAUCGUUAGAGCGAACGAGAGGAUAACAACAGAGGUCGACCCAACAUUCUAUGCAAGGUUCACAGAUAUAUCAGUAGGAGUACCAGGAUUGAUUGAGGAGAACUAUGAGUCGGUGUCGGUAACACCUCAAAAGUGUAGACUGAGGGAUAUGACGUACUCGGCACCGAUAACAGUCAAUAUGGAGUAUACUCGUGGCAAACAGGUGGUCGGAAAGAAGAAUGUCACCAUUGGUAGAAUACCAAUCAUGUUGCGCAGUUCAAACUGUGUGCUCACCAACAAGACACAUGAGCAAAUGGCUACGCUGGGAGAAUGCCCACUCGACCCUGGCGGCUACUUCAUUGUGCGUGGCAACGAGAAGGUCAUCCUCAACCACGAGCAACUGUCCAAGAAUCGUAUCAUUAUCGAGACUGACUCCAAGGGCCAGACUUGCUCCACGGUCACCUCGUCGACACACGAGCGCAAGUCACGUACAGCGAUCUUUAUGAAGAACGACCGACUCUAUCUCAAGCACAACACAUUCUCAGAGGACAUCCCUGUCGUCAUCUUCCUCAAGGGCAUGGGAGUCGAGACCGACCAGGAGGUGGUGCAACUCGUCGGCUCGGACGAGAUCUUCCUCGACGCCAUCUCCUUCUCGUUGGAGGAGUGCAACAAGUGCAAGGUGCACACUCAGACACAGGCGCUCGACUAUCUCGGCGCCAGGAUCAAGUCCGUGCGUCGGCCCUGGUCCACCAUGGUCAAGAAGUCCAAGUCGGACGAGGCCAAGGACAUCCUGGCCGGUGUGGUCCUGAACCAUGUGCCCGUGCGUCGCUACAACUUCCGUCUCAAGGUGAUCUACGUGGCGCUGAUGAUGCGUCGCAUCAUCAUCGCCUCCAAGGACAAGUCGGCCAUGGACGACAAGGACUACUACGGUAACAAGAGAAUAGAGUUGUCAGGCCAGCUGAUAUCGCUGCUGUUUGAGGACCUGUUCAAGAAGUUCCAGGCCGAGCUCAAGAAGGCCACGGACCAAGCCAUCCUCAAGCCCAACCGUGCAAUGCCCUUUGACUUUGCCUCGCUCAUCCGUACCGAGACGCUCACCAAUGGCUUUGUGCACGCCAUUUCGUCUGGUCAGUGGAACCUCAAGCGUUUCAAGAUGGAGCGAUCAGGUGUGACACAGGUGCUCUCGCGUCUCUCCUUCAUCUCUGCGCUGGGCAUGAUGACGAGAAUCCAGUCACAGUUUGAAAAGACGCGAAAGAUCAGUGGACCGCGUUCGCUGCAGCCAUCACAGUGGGGCAUGCUCUGCCCCUCUGACACGCCAGAAGGUGAGGCAUGUGGUCUCGUCAAGAACUUUGCCCUGAUGACUCACGUCACGACAGAUGAGCCUGAGGGCCCAUUACUGCGUCUGGCCUACAACCUUGGCGUUCAGGACAUCCUGCUGAUCACUGGUGAGGAGCUCAACUCUAGGACAGCCUACCUGGUCUUCCUGAACGGUCAGAUCAUUGGCAUCCACAACUCGCCCGCCCUCUUCACUAACACACUGCGCAGGAUGAGACGCGCUGGCAGGAUCAGAGAGUUUGUGUCCAUCUGCAAGAACGACGCACACAAGACUGUGAGCAUUGCGUGCGACGGUGGCCGUCUGUGCCGCCCCAUGAUCAUCGUGGACGAAGGCGUUCCACGCGUCAAGCAGUACCACGUCGAGGAGCUCAAGGACGGACUACGCACAUUCGACGACUUUGUGCGCGAUGGACUCAUCGAAUAUUUGGAUGUGAACGAGGAGAACGACUCAUUCUUGGCAUGGAACGAGAAGGCGAUCGACGCGAGCCUUACUACACAUCUCGAGAUUGAGCCCUUCACACUGCUGGGCUGCGUCUCUGGCCUCAUCCCCUAUCCCCAUCACAACCAAUCGCCACGUAACACCUACCAAUGUGCUAUGGGUAAGCAAGCAAUUGGUGCUAUUGCAUACAAUCAACUGGCGAGAAUAGACACUCUGCUCUACCUGCUCGUCUACCCACAGCGCCCACUCUGCCAGACCAGAGUGCUGGAGCUGGUCAACUACGUCAAGGUACCGGCUGGUCACAACGCCACAGUGGCCGUCAUGUCAUAUUCUGGCUACGAUAUCGAAGAUGCCCUCGUAAUGAACAAGGCAUCACUGGACCGUGGAUUUGGCCGCUGCAUCGUACUGAAGAAGCAGGUGUCGGCCGUCAAGAGAUACGCCAAUCAGACAUCCGAUCGUAUCAUGCCGCCAUCAGCCGAGUCAUCGCGACAGCCCAAGUUCGCGCUGCUCGACGAGGACGGACUAGCCAAGCCAGGCGAGCUGGCACAGAAGGGCCAGGUGCUCAUCAACAAGUACUCGCCCAUCAACACAGUGGACAUUGUAGCCAACUCUGACAAGAUCCCCGACUCUGCAUACAAGGCCUCGUUCACAGCCUACAAGUACGAGAACCCUGCAUUCGUCGACAAGGUCAUGCUGACGACCGGUGACGACGACCAGCUGCUCAUCAAGCUGUUGAUGCGCUCCACGCGUCGUCCCGAACUGGGUGACAAGUUCUCCAGUCGUCACGGCCAGAAGGGUGUGUGCGGCAUCAUCGUCAAGCAGGAGGACAUGCCCUUCACCGACCUGGGCAUUUGUCCAGACAUUAUUAUGAAUCCGCACGGUUUCCCAUCUCGUAUGACCAUUGGAAAGAUGAUCGAGCUGCUGGCGGGCAAGGCCGGAGUGCUGCGCGGCGGCUUUGGCUACGGCACGUGCUUUGGUGGCGACAAGGUCGAGGACAUUAGCAAGGUGCUGAUCUCCAAGGGCUUCAGCUAUGGAGGCAAGGACUACGUCACAUCAGGAGUGACAGGCGAGCCACUACAGUGCUUCAUCUUCUUUGGACCAAUCUUCUAUCAGAAACUGAAGCACAUGGUUAUGGACAAGAUGCAUGCGCGUGCCAGAGGACCCACAGUGACACUGACGCGUCAGCCUACUGAAGGUAGAGCGCGAGGUGGAGGUCUUCGUCUCGGAGAGAUGGAGCGUGAUUGUCUCAUUGGCUAUGGCGCCAGUGCACUGAUCAUGGAGCGAUUGAUGAUCAGUUCAGAUAGAUUCACAGUGUACGCUUGCAAGAAGUGUGGAUUCCUUGGCUACGAAGGAUGGUGUCAGUAUUGCAAGUCCACAUUGAACGUUUCAACACUCCAGAUACCCUAUGCCUGCAAGCUACUCUUCCAAGAGUUGCAAGCAAUGAACAUCGUACCAAAAUUAAAGCUGGAAGAUGCUUGA